CAGUAUGACAUGCAGAUGAGUGCCGUCGAUCUUAGAAUCACCGCACACUUCACUCAUUUGGGCAGUCACGGGGCCAAAACCAGAGUGUGGAGCCACAGUGUGGCGGUGGAGGCAGCAGCAAUGGGAGGCCAUACAGCACCCUAUGACAAAAUGGAACCCACCAGCAGUGUGAGGAGACCUGAAAGUGGCACAUGGCAGAGUGUGGCGAUGGAGACAGCAGCAAUGGGAGGCCGUACAGGGACCCAUGAGACACUGUGGACCUGGCAGCAGCAUGAGGAGGCGGUACAGGGGCCCAUGGCAGAUUAGGGGCCUGGCAGCAGCAAUGGGAGGCCCGUAAUCUGCCAGCACUCUAUGACAAAAUGGAACACACCAGCAGUGUGAGGAGACCUGAAAGUGGCACAU